GGCCGCAUUUUUUUUUUAUUCCGUUUUAUAUAUAUUUCUUUGCUAAUUAUUACUACUGUUUAUUACCUGGACAUAUAAGCCAAUAAUUUUAACUCAACAUAUAAAAAAAAAUCAAUAAAUAAAUACAAAUGCUUUAUAAAAAAAACUUGUGAAAUCAACGUUCGCAAAAAGCUAUGGGUAAUGAAGGCAGUAAAUUAAAAGAUCUGAAAAUCGACAAAAAUGCUGUCAAAGUUAAUAAUUUUUGGGCCAUGUUUAAUGCGGUGGCUUCUUCUUCUACGAAUGAGGAGGGAAAACAGUACCUGUCAAUAUUCCAAGGCGAACCUGUAGUAACAGGAGAACUCUGGGCCGUCCAAGGGCCUUUGGAAAGAGCAAUUAAGAAUUUAAUGAUCUAUCGUCAUCCUUAUAUAUUGAAAUACGUUACAACUUGGGAACAAGGUGGUCUAAAAUAUUUGGGUACCGAACGAGUGCGGCCUCUACAACCAGUUUUAUCCCAGCAAAGUGAUAUACAAAUUUGUUUGGGUUUAAGGACAAUUUUAUGUAGUUUAGUAUUUCUAAUAGAAAAGGCUUUUGCGCGUCAUAUAAACGUUUGUACACAGUCAAUAUAUGUUACCGACAAUGGCAGCUGGCGUUUGGCAGGAUUUGAAUAUGUGUGGAAAUAUAAGGAGGUGACUAAAACCCUUUUGGAUCUGGCUUCAGCGCAUCGGUACAAAAAAGCUAUUGAUCCCGGAGAAAGCUAUGAACAAAGUUUCGAAGCCAUUGAACAGUACUCUUUUGCUACUUUAUGCGAAGAAGUUCUUAACAAAUGUGCAGAAAAGAAAACUCCUAACAUACCUACACAAUACGUGCAAGAGUUCCGUGAAUAUUGCUGCACACAUCUCAAACAUAAGAAUCCGCAAAUGCGCCCUAAAUUGUCGGCCGUGCUGCUUCACCCUUACUUCAACCACGAAUUUGUUCUCAUCCACGCUUUUUUGUUCGAAUUACCUUUGAAAAACAAUCAUGAGAAGCAGAAUUUUUUUACGAGUCUCAUUGAUCGUUUGCGUUACUUUGAUGAAGAAUUGGUGGGCGUUCAAUUUGCCGGGGAUUUACUCUCGCGCAUGGUGCUGCUAGAUCCGACGGCCCAACUUUGUGUGACACCUUACGUUCUACGUACCAAGGAUGAUUUUAGUUCCGCUUUAUUUUCAGCGACCACUUAUAGUGCAUAUCUCAUGCUUCACAUUUUGAAAAUGUUCCGUUUGCGUGAUGCACAAAUACGUCUUAUUUUGUUGGAAUAUUUUAUGGAAUUUGUUCGUUUACUUACACGGGAUGAAAUAGAGGAAAACAUAUUACCACAUCUUAUAGCCGGCAUGCACGAUAAGAACGAUGUACUGGUGGAGAAAACAUUGCGUUGUCUAGCCGAUUUGGUACCGAUAUUAGGAGCGACAAUUGUUUUGGGUGGACAACGGACUCGUUUAUUUGCAGACGGCCGACCCCAAGCAGCAAUAUCUGACGCCGCCGUGCUCUGGGUGGAACCUAGAUCUAUUACUCCUAUACUUGGAGAGAAUGGCGAAUGUCCCGUGGUAUCAGGAAGUCCAUUGCCAGAUAAUUUAACGAGUAAAAGUGCUAGUUUUUCUUCUCUAUCCCAACCCGUAGUUUCUGAGUUAUAUGAACACAAUAUGCCGCCUCGUUUAAGUCCAGAUGGAGGCGAAGAUAUAAAGUGCUCAGGGCCUAUGGAUGUUAACACGCCAAUGACGUCUGCAUCCACAGAAUUACCAUUAAAAAAUGCUAUUUAUGAAUCGGAAAAACAGGUGACAAAACUUCAAGAUGAAGUUGGUACUAAAAAUAAUUCAGUUACUGAAGAAAAAAGAGAAACUGAAGACGAACUAUGGUCUGAUUGGAAUGACGAUGAAUUAGAAAAAAAACCAAAUAUAAAUGAACUAUUUUCUUCAAAAAAUCUUGCCAACCAAAGUACGCAUAUAGCUGAAGUUAUUAGUGUUGACGAUGUAAGUGGCAAAGGGGUCAGUCCAACCAAAACUAGUUGUUCUUAUGGUAUACUCCCGUCACAAUCACUUGUGGAUCCUUAUCGCACUGCACUCGCGCAAUCGACUCCAUCUUCUUCGUAUUUUUCGUUAAAACCUUUACCUUUGCUACAAAUAAAUGACGAUUUGAGCACUCUCGACAUACAAAUACAGAAAUCGUCUGAAGUCGCAGCAAAUUCUGAGAAGCAUGAAUUCGAUUUUUUUAAAGAUAUGGAACCGGUCAUAGAAGCAGCACAUAGUGUCCCGAUAACAACAAGCCCAACGUGGCUAGAUACAACCGGAGUUGUGGUGAUAGAUUCGAAACGAUUUGCAGCUACCCUUACAAGCAACGAAGAAGAUAACAGUGGUUGGUGUGUUGACGAAGAAGUUGAUGAUUUAAACAUAGACAACAUAGAAAUAUCCCAGACAGCUAGGCAAACGCCUAGCGCAGAAGUGCUUAGUCAACCUUAGUUGUUUAUUUUUUUGGGAUGCCGUCUUAAUCUAAAUUUAUAUGCAAUUUUAUGUACAUCUACUUUGAAAUUGUUUUCUUAUUUCUUUUAGUUAUUUUUUUUCCUCACUAAUUUUCCUUAUAACCAUAGUUGACAAACGAUUACUGUUAUUAACUUUGAUUUAUGCGAAACAAAGGAUUAAUACGAAAUUGGUUAGAAAAUUAGUUCUAUUUUAUUAUGAUAAUUAAUAUAGAAUAGAACUUAUUAGAGCAAAUAUAUAUUUUUAGUUUUUCUGUAACGCUAAUUGAUAAUUUGGGCACUUUGGUUCUGCUGGGAGAUUGUGAGAUUUCGGUUAAAUACGUAAAUACGCGACGUACAAUUUGAUAAUGAGAUAAUUGUGUCAGUAUUUGAAACUAAUAUUCGUAUGAUUGAUGGAUUGCCGUCCGCACAUUUCAGUAUCUAUAAAAAAACGUUGAUGCAAUGCUUUGGCAUCGGGGGGAAUUUGUAGAAAUGGCACGUGAUUUAGGAUACCGGUUGCUUCCAGCUUUUUUGCAGCAUUUUUGCUUCCUUAUCAAGAACUAGUCCGUCCGCUUAAAAGUCCACCCGCAACCCGCAAUCAGCAAGUCCGAUCUGUCCACGCAUGUCGUUCUGUGAACAAUACACGAGUAGCCUCCUCCAACAUCAAAUGCAUAAAAUCAUAAAAACACGCACUAAAGAGAAAAAUCAUAAAAUAUGCCUAUACCUUGUAAAGAGAAAAUAUCA